AUGGCACGGAACACGACGUUCCCAAAGUCCCGUGUUCUCGUCCUCGCCGUGAACGCCGUCCAGUCGCUCCUGCCCACGACGCUCAUCGCCCAGGCCGAGUCCCUCCUCGAGAGCCACAAGGUCGACGAGCUCGUCCAAGUUGCGGAUGAGCAACGGAAGAAGCUCCAGGCGAAGCUUACUGUCGAUGAGGACGACACAGAAGAGCUCUACUACGUCUACCAACGCAUCGGCUUCCAAUACCUCUCCGAAACCCGGUUCGAAGACGCAGGCUACCACCUCUUCGAGGGCAACCUCGACCCGCGCGUCCUCAUCUCUUAUUUCCCCGAUUUGAGGGGAAAGCUGAUAGCGCGGGAUGAGGAGAUUGAGAUGUUCGAGGGCGUGGCGGAACAUAUGCCGCCUUAUGAUUCCGUUGAGGAUAUCGUCAUCGCAAACAUAGCACGCACCUACUCCCCUUACAUCACCCCCAACACCCGCUCCGCCCCGCCCACCGCCGAGCUCCGCCGUAUCCUCCUCGAACAGGCCGUGCAGAUGUUGGCUGUGUUUCUGGGUAAGUGGAAGAGGGUGAGGGGCGAGGGGGAGGGCGCGGGUUUCGAGGUUUUGACAGUCGUAGACACCGUCCUCGCAAAACUCCACGCCCGAUCCGAACACACCCCAGCAUUAUACGCCCUCAUCCGCACCUCGCCCUACCUCGUCCUCUCCGAGCUCGAACCCGUCUUCGUGAGCACGGGUCAGUAUAAUGCGUUGUGUACGUUAUAUGCGAAUCGGGGGGAGGAUGGGAAGGUGUUGGAGGUUUGGGGGAGACUAGUCGACGGCGAAUGGACAGACCCCGAUAUUCCCGACCCGCUCACGAACAUGUUCGAUCUCCUCACUGACCGGAAGGAUCGACAGCUCACUCAGAAAUGGGGGAUUUGGCUGACGAGGAAGGAUAGUGAGCGGGCUAUCAACCUCCUAACAUCCCAAGCCCCACCCGCACCCGCACCGAAAGCUGCAGGCAAGCGUUCCCAUGCGCCGUCCCAAUCCCAGGUCGAUGAUGAUAUGGCGAUGUUGGCCGAGAUUAGGGCUGCGAAUCCGGAGGCGGGCGUUAGGUUCUUGGAGCAUUUGGUGUUGGGGAAGAGGAGUGUGGACCGAGACUUGCAUACGGAGUUGGCGCUCAUAUGUGUCGAGCAGGUGCGAGCACAUCUGAGAGAUGAUGCGGUGUAUAAGCUCUGGAGGGCGAAAGCCGCGUCUUACGCAUCAACUGCGACUUCACAUCCUUCCAGUUCUUCCCAUCCCACAUCCACAUCCACCUUAACACCGACACCAACACCAACACCAACGCCGGGCCCGACAUCUUCCUCGUCCUCGUCCUCGCCACCACAAACACCGACAGCAAACGCAACCGCAAAUGCACCCGCCUCUCCUUCACCACCCCCUCUAUCACGCACACCAUCGGCAGCCCCACUACCAACAGCCUCAUCAACAGCGCUCUCAUCGUCACAAGCCGCGUCGGCACCUUCAUCAUCAUCAGCGAAACAAGACAGCUACAUCUCCUACUUCUCGAAGACUACUCCCGAUUCCGCCUCGAAACGGGCACGUCUGCGCGGGUGGCUGUUUUUGCAGGGGUCGGGGCUGUAUGAUGUCGCGGCGGUUAAAGCCAAGUUAUGUGGCGGGACUAUGGGCGGAGAUAGGGAUGGGAAGGAGGUGAAAGAGGCGAGGGAGAGGGCGGAGAAGGUGUUGGGGAUUGAGAGGGCCAUUGUGGAGGGAAAGCUCAAAAACCACAAAGCCGCCCUGACCCUCCUCGCCCUCACAACGCGCGACCACGCCUCAGCAGAAACAUACUGUCUCACCCGCGGGUCCGUCAUCACGCAGCGGUUGGCCAGGAAGGUCGUGGAGAAGAAUGCGUUGGGGGAGGCUUGGGCGGGCUUUGUGGCGGGGUGGGGUGGGGGUGGUGUGAAUGGCAAGGCGGGUGCGGGUGGUGCGGGUGGAGAUGGUGGGAAGGGUGGGAAGGGUGGAGGGGUAGAGGAGGAGGAGGAGACGACGAGGCUGUUGAGGAUGCUCUUGGGGGUUUAUGUGGGGAGUGGGGGCGAGAGUGAUACACUUCAAGCACCGGCUGCGCCGACGCACACGAAUGUCAGCGCCAACGUAAACGCGAGCGCGAACCUAUUGAGCUCGCAAUCGGGACGGUUCGACCUCGUCGAGGUCGUGGACGUUAUCCCACCCGAAUGGCCCCUCAAAGCACUCUCCGCCUUCCUCUCGCGGUCGUUCAGGAGGACUCUACAUGCCCGACAUGAAGGCUUGAUCAUGAAGGGCAUCGCGAUGGGGCAGAAUCUGGCGGUCUCCGAAGAAGCACACAUCCACUUCCGCGACGCAGGCGCUAUCAUCGAAGAAGCCCUUCCUCCCUCUCCUUCCUCACCUUCCUACGACGCGUAUAUGGAGAAGGAAAAGAUUGCUGGACGGGGACUUGGCGGAGAGGGAGAGGGGGAGGGGGAAGAAGAGCAUGUCGUGUUGGAUGAAAAGGCGGCGUUGGCGGCGGGCCUUGAGCUUGAGGCGGCGGAGGUUCAUGUUGGUGAUGGGGAUGGGGAUGAAGACUCGGAAGGCGGGGACGGGGAUGGGCAGGGCGGUGGAGAGCGUGGGAUUGCGGAUAGGGAGCGGGGAGGGGAUGAGGACGAAGAAGAGGGGGAUGGGGAUGGUGGAGACGACGGGUUUGGUGAUUUCCAGGGUGGUGGUGGAGAUGGUGAGACAGUCGCAGGGACAGGAGCGGUACCCAUCCCGAAUUUGUUGGAUACGUUGAAGGGUAUCGAUGGGCGGGGUGGGCUGUCGAUGUCGUAUGACAGUGAAGUCACUGAGCCUGAGCAACAUCGGGACGAAGGGGUGGACGGAGUGGAUGCAAGAGCCGGAGGGGGAGAGGAGGAUUGGCUUGGUGGGUUGAGGUGA